CUCACAAGGAGUCAGAACUCAGAAUACAAAACGUACGCCAUUUCAAUUUCCAACCUAUCCCAGAAUCAAAGGUAUGCGAUAUGCAUGGUCCUGGCUGUGAAUCGUAACUAAUGCAGCCGCUGCUACAGUCGGGGGAAAGAAUGGAGGAGGAAUCGCCAAAACCUCCCCUUUCAUUAUGGGGCCGGGUUUCUGCCUUUCAGACAAGGGCUUGGGAAGCAUACAAAAGCAAGCCAAUCUCGCAUUGGAUUCUCCUUGUCCUUAGCAGUGGGGGCAUGCUUAUAGCAUUUCCUGCAUCGAGUCUUCUUUCUCGUGUGUAUUAUGCCAAUGGAGGCACUAGCAAGUGGAUCAUUUCAUGGGUUGCCGUAGCAGGGUGGCCUCUGACUGCUUUAAUCUUAUUGCCUACGUACUUCGUCUGCAAAACGACCCCUACUCCCCUGAAUAUAAAACUUACUGUUUCUUAUAUUGUGCUAGGUCUACUAAGCGCCGCUGACAAUCUCAUGUAUGCUUAUGCAUAUGCUUACCUUCCAGCAUCUACCGCUUCUCUUCUUGCAUCAUCAUCUCUAGUAUUUUCUGCAUUAUUUGGGCACCUACUUGUGAACAACAAACUUAAUGCAGCGAUAGUAAACGCUAUUUUUAUCAUUACAGCUGCUAUGACCAUCAUUGCUCUGGAUUCAGAUUCAGACAGAUAUGGAAAUGUAACUGAUAAGCAAUACAUUCUGGGAUUUGUGUGGGAUAUUUUAGGAUCAGCACUCCACGGGCUUAUUUUCGCUCUUUCAGAGCUGGUUUUCGUGAAGCUACUUGGUAGAAGGUCCUUCCAUGUUGUGUUGGAGCAGCAAGUCAUGGUUUCUUUCUUUGCUUUUGUGUUCACCACUAUCGGAGUAAUCGUGAAUAAGGACUUUCAGGGAAUGAAAAACGAGGCCGGAAUUUUCAAGGGCGGUAAGUCUGCUUAUUACCUUGUUCUCAUUUGGAGUGUCAUCAGUUUCCAGUUAGGGGUAUUAGGGGCUACUGCUGUGCUUUUCUUAUCUUCCACCGUUCUCGCCGGUGUGCUGAACGCAGUAAGGGUUCCCCUCACCAGCAUCGCAGCUGUCAUAUUGUUAAACGACCCGAUGAGUGGGUUGAAGAUCCUCUCUCUGAUUGUUACAUUUUGGGGCUUUGGCUGCUACAUCUAUGGCAGUUCCUCUGCAUCUUCAAGUAGAAAUUCCUCCUGAUAUUUUGUUUUCUGGUUCAUUUGGGUUUAUAUGUUUAUCAUAUCCUAACGUAGUGAAUUACUUGGUUAUCAUACAUAUUCCUUCCCAAUGAUAUAAGGAUAUACUUUUUAAAUGUA